AGAGAGAGAGAGAGAGAGAGAAGGGGGAGAGGAUGUAUGCAAUACAGAGUGCGAUUCGAAGCAUCCAGACGGCCGUGAACUGUCCGCGGCUCACCAGAUUCUCUCUCCUCGCUCCUAAGACCGUAGAGGUGGAAUUUGCCAAUGGAAGUGCGUAUAAUUUGUCAGCUGAGUUUUUAAGAAUAUAUAGUCCAGCUGCUGACAGUAAGGUUAGGUUGGUUGGAGGUGAAAAGGUAAUUGGUCAAAUUAUUCAUUUCCUAUGUGCUUCAACUUCUAUGGAUUAUGAUGUCAAUGUGAAUGUCAAGUGAGAUGGAUGCCAAAGCCUUAAUUUACCGCCUUAAUUUACCGUUGAUGAUUUUUGCCUAGUCUUUUUGUAAGAGAUGGCAUACUUAAAUAGUUGAGAUCAUCCAGUAUCCUUCAAAAAUUUUGGAAUCUGGAGUCUCCAGUCUCACAUCUAGGCUUCAUGUGGUUGCGGGUUUCUUAUGCGUUGUGAAUAAGAUGCACGAGAAGGAAGAGAGAGAUUUUUAAUCUUCCAUUCAGUCUAAACUAUUAAUCACUAAUUUGGUUUAGAGGUUUGUACGCACUAAUUUACUCUUUUUAAUUUUUUGGCUGAUGAUUUAUCUAUUGCCAACUUCAGAAGAAUUUGGCUAUUGCUUGGAUAUAUCCAAUUGAUUACCAUGAUUAUUGCAUGGUCAUCAUCAAGUCCCUAACAGAAUGCCUGGCAUCCCUGAACAGGUGAUAUUUGGCAGGCGUCACAUUGGGAUCAUGUCUGCAGAGCCCGUAGGAAACUACGGGGUUACUCUUUGAUGACCUGCAUAAAACUGGGAUCUAUACCUGGGAUUAUUUCUAUCAUCUUGGGAGCAAUAAGUUCACCCUAAUGAGAGAUUACAUCAAAACUUUAAAAAGGCAUGGAUUGAGCCGGGAUCCGCCCAGAUGGAAGUGAUGUUGAUCAUUUCAAUCCUAUAACUCCAAGCCACGCGUCAACGGAUGUGGUUCAACUGGUGAGAAGUAAAGUGGGAUUAAAGUUUAUGGUGUUGGACAUUUUCUCCUAACAUGCCUGGUCCCAAAAUUUGUAGCAACACAGGAGUAUUUGCAUCGUAUCUAUGAACCGCUGAUUUACUUCCAUAGUAAAAGAUAUGCUUCAAUCCAAUAGACAAGUGGUGGUGAAGCAGCUGCUGAUUUGCUGUUUAUGUGUUGUUUUGGGGGUGGGGGAUCUUACUAUCAUUCUGUAAUUUCUAAUUAAAUGUUUCUGGUUCUUGAAAAUAACCAAUUUAUGUAGGUGGAAAACAAUUAAAUUAUAGGAAGAGGGCUUAGGAAGCAAUGCUCUGUAAAUAUCUAAUUGUUCUAUUUUUGAAUUAUUAAGAAUGUUGGUUUUCUCUGAUGAAAUUCUUUAAUGCAUUUUAUUUUUAAUCUCCUGCUGAACUCUAACGGGCAGAUUAAAGGGGUUCUGGGUGGAGGAUGAGGAGGGCGACGGCGGCAGUGGGGUGGGGAUUUU